UGAAGAUCCACUACAGCAAGUGAAUGUUGCACUGCCCCCCACACUCCCAUCCCUAGCAGCUACACACUGCUCUUCCAAAGAUCAGUUCUUUGAGGCAGCUGUACAGCAGUUGGACCAAGAUGAUGUUUCAGCCGUGUGUCAGCACACAAUAGACCAGAGUAAUUCAGAUGGAUGGCGUGACUACAGAGUAGGGCGUGUUACAGCCAGCAAAGCACAUAGAGUGUUUAAAAAAGUGAACCAUGGAGUAGUAAACAGUAGGAAUACUGCUUUGCUGAAAGAAAUUAUGAACUAUGUGCCACCAGUUCACUCACCAGCUAUCCACUGGGGCAAUUAUAAUGAAAAAUAUGCUGUGCACAACUUUGAGAAGCUGAACCGACGUAAGCACAAGGGCAUGAAAACAACCCCCUGUGGACUUAUUCUGUACAGCCAGCUGCCCAUAAUGGCUGCAUCACCAGAUGCACUUGUAACUUGCAAGUGUUGUGGCACUCGUCCCCUUGAGGUGAAGAACCCCUUCAAGCAUCGAGCUCUCAGUAUCCCGAAGUUUGCUGAACAACCAGAUUCUUGCCUUCAUAUCACACCAACAGGUGAAAUAAAGCUGAAGGCAACACAUCCCUACUACUUCCAAGUUCAACUACAGAUGCUGGUCACCGAUGCAGAUGUGGGAUACUUCUUUCUUCAAACUGCUUCCCCAUACAACAGAUACUACACAGAGGAAAUCAGCUUCGACCCCUUGCUAGUGGAGGAGAUAAUUGCAAAGUCAACAAUUUUCUUCCAGUCUGUGAUUCAACCAGAGUUACUGGAAGGGAUGUUGAAGAGCUCAAUGGAGAAAGGUGAGGAAAGGGGGACAGCCUGUUCAUCUGGUCCAGAGGCUCUCCAAAGUGCCACAAGCGAUGAGCCUCCACCAUCCAGUGCAGGAAACGUGGUUACACCAACCUCAUCAGCUGUGGAGUGUCCUUGUGUUGUGUGCACAAACGAAUGUGUGGGUGACCCACACACAAUGGAGGAAAUGAGUAUUUAUUGUUACUCUUGCAAGGAGUGGUCACAAUGGACAUGUGUAGGGUUAAGUGGUCAGGAGGCCUUCCUCCAAAAAAAGGUGACCAAUUGGUUUUGUGCAAAAUGUUAACUGUUUAAUUCAAGUAUGAUAUGUGGCACCCCUGGACUGGUGUCAUAGCACCCACUUUGAGAAACCCUG